AUAAGAACCAUCAGUGUUGAUGGCAGAAGCACAUGUGAGCAGCAGCAGCAGCAGCAGCAGCAGCAACGACAACAUCAACACAGCAGCAGCAACGACAUCAGCACAACGGCAACGACAACAUCAGCACAGCAACAGCAGCAACGACAUCAGCACAGCAGCAGCAACGACAACAUCAACACAGCAGCAGCAGCAACGACAACAUCAACACAGCAGCAGCAGCAACGACAACAUCAGCACAGCAGCAGCAGCAACGACAACAGCACAGCAGCAGCUCAGUAACAACAAGUGAAGGUGGUUGAUCUUGGAAAAUAUAUUGCAGUAAAGAGCCACUAUCUGCAAGUGUUUGGUUAAAGUUUCCACAAAUAAGAGCAAGAUAAUGGAAGAUGACGAGAAGACUGUGCAGUUUCACGAGAUGGGGCUGGAUGACAGAAUAUUGGAGGCCAUUGCAAGAUUAAGAUGGAAAGAGCCGACCCUAGUCCAGGAGAAGGCCAUCCCAUUAAUCCUGGAGGGGAAAGAUGUUCUUGCUAGGGCAAGAACAGGAUCGGGUAAAACUGGUGCAUUUGCUAUUCCUGUUGUUCAUAAGAUUCUUGAAGGAAAACGGACAGCCACAGAACAAACUGUACAGGUUCUUAUUUUGGCACCAACUAGGGAGUUGUGUAAGCAAAUAAAAGACAAUAUAAGUCAGCUGACAGUUUUAUGUAAACGUGAAGUACGAUUUGUUGAUGUUUCUGAGAAAGUUCCUCUAGAAGCUCAACGUCCUCUCCUUGUAGACAAACCUGAUAUCGUUGUUGGAACUCCUAUGAGAGUUUUGGCUCACAUCUCUGCUGGUAAUUUGAAAGUCAAGGAAUCCCUCAAGUUCUUGGUAGUUGACGAAGCUGAUCUUCUGUUUACCUACAAUCACUCGAGUGAUAUUCAGGAAGUGCUUAAACACCUACCAGUAAUUUAUCAAUCAUUUCUGACAAGUGCUACUAUGUGGGAUGAUGUGAAGGAUUUUCAGAAGCUGGUCAUGAAUAAGCCUGUUGUCUUGAGGCUUGAGGAGCCACCAUUGCCAUCUACUUCUCAGCUUGCUCAAUAUAUCAUUAAGCUGGAAAAGAUUGACAAGAUUGUCCUUAUCACUGUACUUUUUCACUUGAACAUGAUCCGUGGGAAGACAAUCAUCUUUGUUAACACUGUUGACAAAGGCUAUAAGCUGAGGAUGUUCUUAGGACAGUUUGGAAUUAGCUCUUGUUUGCUUAAUUCUGAGAUGCCUGUGGUAUCAAGAUGCAACAUAAUAGACCAGUUCAACAGUAGCAAGUAUGAUAUCAUCAUUGCUUCUGAUGAACAGCACCUAAUAGCUCCAGAAAGCAGCAAAACUAAAGAAAAGCCAAGCAAAAGGAAGAAAGAUAAAGAAUCUGGCGUGGCUCGUGGUAUAGACUUCCAGUUCGUUUCCAACAUCAUCAAUUUUGACUUUCCUCUUACUGUAAAGGGCUACAUUCAUCGUGUUGGACGCACUGCUCGAGGAAACAACCAGGGUACAGCUUUAUCUCUGGUCUCUGUUAACGAAAUGAAAACUUUCACAGAAGUAAGAGAAAAGUUGAAGGAGCUGAUGCCCGAGGCUGAAUCAGUGUUCAAGGAUUUUAAGUUUGAUAUGAAUCAGCUUGAUGGUUUCAGAUAUCGGGCUCUGGAUGCUUGGAAACGUUGCACUUCAAUCGCUGUUAGAGAAACAAGGCAGAAAGAGCUUAGACAGGAGUUGCUUAAUUCUAAUAAACUAAAAAGUUUUUUUAAGAACAACCCAAGAGAUUUUCAGAUUCUUCGACAUGACAAAUCUAAGCAUGGAUUAACUCCUAUGGGUCACUUGAAGCACGUACCGGAAUACAACAUUCCUGUGAAGUUACGGAGAGUAUCAAGGAUAACUAAGAAGAAAUUUAACAAGAAAGUCUCAAAACUAGAAAUUGAAAAGACCAAAUUAAAAAGAAUAACAAAAACACAGAAGAAAUAUAUGAAAAGAAAAGCUGACCCUUUGCAGAGUAUGGAGUUUUCUGGAUUCAAGAAGCAGAAAACUUGAUUUUUUGUUGUUGUAAAUAAAGCAUUUAUUCUUUAAGCAUGGAACAUUUAUAUAAAACUGUGAAUACAACAAUUCUUGUAAUGCGUUAUUACAGAAGCUAAUAUUAGAGAUAAUUGUACAUAGGGAACACUAAUAAUUUCAACAACUUGACUGGUCAAGACUGCCGAGAUCAGAGAAUGGAGGAUCGAACCUCCAUCAUGAAUGAUCCUACAGAUUUAGUGCUUCAUGUAAUGUAACUUAUGUGGAUAUCUUGAUCAGUUUCCCCUGUACUUUGUAUAAGUAGGAGUAGUCAGUCUACUAUGUUGCUAUUGAAAAUAUCCCUAUACAUUUAAAUAGGAAAUGUAUAUAGAGUUAUAAUAAAAUUAAGCUUAUGGCUGGAUAUUACUA